AUGGACCAAUUUGGGAAAGUCAUUGGUGUAUUCGUCAACGCUUCUGCUUUUGUGGCUUUCGUCUGGGGUCCUAUGAAGUUUUGCCUCCUGACUGCACGAACUUGGACAGACUCAUUUGAGACACUCUUAGACGCAUAUGGCCAAUUGGGGGAGCAUAUACCUCUCCUCCAGCAAUACCACUCAUUCUUUGGAUCUACAUCUGAAAUGACAACAGUGUUGGUCUUGAUAUAUAAGGACAUCCUCUCCUUUCAUAAAGAAGCCACAAAGUUCUUUUCCGGGAAGGAUAAAGUCUGGCGGCAGCUUUUUCGCUCCAUGUGGAAGAACUUCGAGACGACGUUCAAGCAGAUUCUGGAUAAUCUCAAACGACACCGAGAUCUUAUCAGAGAGCAGGCAACUGUUAUCAGCUUUCAAAGACAGGAGCUCUUCAUCGAACAAUACAAGAGAGAUAUUGAGGAGACAUCUAGGUCACUUAAGAGACAGCAAGAGGAAGAGGAAUAG